AUGGACCCCAACUACAGCAUGGACGUGGACGACCUUUUCGGCGACUCGGAACAUGUCAAUCUCCAGAACAUCACCGCAGUACCGCCUGUGAAGGGACUCGCCAGGAGGGUCGAUGAGCUCGGCACAAAUGGUUGUUGUCAGAAGGUUGCAUGGUCUAAGAAUGGAUGCGUGGCCUACAUCACCCCAGAUGGUGCUGCAGUUCACCUCGCAGUCUUCUCUCGAGACAUCGAGACCGGAAAAUGGGACCUUGGAAAAGACGUCGCCCUAGAGGUUCCGCACGGCCGCGAACCCUAUCCGUUUGUUCAUUUGUCCUGGAGUCACCUCGGAAAUGAUAUUGCAGUCGUCGAUGCUGCAGGUCGCCUACUGAACUUCUCGUGCGCCAUGGCGCUGGAUAGGAUGCAGUACACCAAGGCCGAGCUAGCACAUCCCGAGACCGAAGCAGAUGGCGUCGUGGGCUUACAUUGGCUAGCGAUAUACCCGUAUGAGCAGAAGAAUCAGAUUGUGUGGUCGGCCGAAAGAGAAGGGGAAAUGUGGAAGUGGAACAUCCGCUCACAUGUGUUCCACGACGCGCACCACCCCAUCCCUAGCAAGGCUUCUCUGAUCUACUUGAAGAGGCAUGGCGAGCUGAAUUUGCGAUUCCAACAAAACGACAACGCCUGGCAGGAGACAUCCAUCCAGCUGGGUCCCAUGAUCUCCACACAGGAGCCUUUCACACACGCCGCUUUCGCAUCCAACAAUGAUGAAAGCUUGUUGAUGGCAGCAUACGACGCCAAGCAGCGGUUGUACUUGUAUCAAAUAGAGACUACCUGGCAGGUGCCACAAGAAAAGCACAGCCAGAACGCGGGACACUUUGACAAACCUGGUCUCCAGGUAUCACUGGUUGCAAUCGAAGAGAACUGCGGCCCUGCGAACACGAUUGCGAGUGAGCUCGAGAGCGACACCGAGCCGAGAGGUACUGCUCCAGCGCAACUCACACAGCUCAACUUCCUGCCAGUCACACCCGAUCUGGGCGAUGGCUCGUUGCCUACGAUCCAGGCCGUCUACUGUAGACCGCCGAACCUGAUUUCGAUGGAUCAUCUCCAGGCACAGGAAACCCCACACAGCGUACUAGUCAAAUGGGAGGUGCAUCAGUUGCAGCAAAACCAGCUACAUCCGAGCCUCGACCAGGUCACCUCGAAGAAGAAGACGAUUGGCUCUGUCACAGCACGUACUGUCUUCCAACUUAAGCGCGCCACAGACUUUCCCAUGCAUGCCGUUGUUGUGGCUUGCAUCCCAGUCUGGUACAACAUGCUCCUGGCCUUCUGCUACAGCGAUGGCACAAUCGAGUUUAGAAGGCGGUCGACGAUGGAGAUGCUCGUGAAUGACGGCAACACAGAUACCGUAACGUCUCUGUUCCAAGCCGGCUUUGCCUUCCCACACGGAGAACCAUCUCUACACCUGGCCCUGUCACCGAAUUAUUGCAUGUCGGUAUGCAUGCAACAAGACGGAAGUAUCAAGCUUCGCUCCCUAGAGUACCAACGCGGCACUCUCUCCAUCGACGACGAAGACCCCCGCAACUCUGCCGCCCUCGCUGCCCUCAUUCUCCAAUCCGCGUCCUCGGCCAACCAGUACUUCUCCAGCGACGACAUAUUCAGCAUCAUGGGUCCGCUGUCCGAUAAGCGCAAACGCGACUUCACGAACCUCCUCUUCGAAGGCCUGCAGGUGAACAUCGACUGCGGCAUCGACGACAUGAACGGCAACUACCUCAUGCUGCUUGGCCGUUCGCCUUUCUUCGUGAAGACGCUGUCCGCGAUGCACCUCCUCGGCCUCAAGUCGCCCGUCGACCGCUCCCUCAGCAGCAAGAUGGCCUGGAUCAUCCUCAACAUCAAAUACGUGACCCAGAUCCUGACCAGCAUAACGCGCAUGCACGGGCCGCUCGAGAAAGCCGUGUUGCGCCCGGAAGUCGUACCGCAGUUCAUCGGCAUCUGCAGAUGGAUCAUGCACUUCAUGGCGUACAUGGUCGACGAGCUCUUCUCUCUCGGCCGCGCCGUCGAGGCCCUCGGCCCAUGCGACCUCACAGCGUCCAAACUGGAGCAAGUCUUCGCCCAGACCAACAAACCGGCCGUCCUCCUCCUCCUCUCCGCUUUCCCGCGCGCCAUGAUGAAACUCUGGCCCCAGCCUCUCCACUGGGUGAAGCGCAGCGCCGACAACUUCACCAACCCCAACGCGCCCACGCCGUCCCCAGAGGUGCGCAAACUCUACGCCCCGCUGCAGGCCGCCGUGUCCGAGCUGCCCUUCGACUGGCGCUGGUUCGAGCGGCUCGUCGCCGACACACACGAGCAGUCGCGCGGCGCAUUCAAAUCCCACGGCCUGGGCGACGCCGCCCGCAACGCGCUGGAGCGCGACUUGCUGCUGGGAAACCUGCACCCGGUCUACCUCCCGCUUGCGCGCCGCCUCGUCACCGAGCAGCUGUGGAACAGCGACAUCGCGGGCGGCUGUCUGGCGGACCGACUGGACGCGGGACGCCUCAUGUUCUUCGACACCACCUGGCUCGGGCUGCAGGAAAGCAAGAGGGCCCACGAGUGGCAUGCUACCCAUGUCGUCGACGUGUGUCAGAAGAUGAUCAUUCGUGGCGUCGGCACCCAGGAACAUCCCGUCACCAGCAGUACGCAGACGGGCAGGAGCAGAAGUGACAGCCUGCAGAGCGCGAGGGGGGAUGGCGGCGUCGAUGCCGAGGGGAGGCGGAAGAAGCAGCUCAGAAGGUGUGUGCGCUGUGGCAGCUACAUGGAGGAUGUCACGAUCCACCAGGUGGGCUACACGCCGCACCACGCGAAUUGGUUGAUGAGUAUCGCGAAGCACUGUGUUUGUGGCAACAGCUGGAUGUUGGCUCCGGAGAAGAAAAGGGCGCGCUGA